AUGGCCGAUUCCGAUGGCGAGUUCGUCGCCGACGACAUGUCGGACGAUGAGCUCGUCGACCACCAAGUCACCGACGACGAGGGCCCUUCGGUCCGCAGCAAGCCGUCUCGGCCGAAGCGAAAGCAGAAGCGAAACGGCGAGCAGGCUUGGGAAAAGUCCAAAAGAACGUGGGAAACGAAUCUGCCCGAGGAGGACCAAGAUGGCAUACUCAGCCUGACGCUGCUGGAAGCCGAGAAGCGCCGCCGGCUGAUGCGCGACACGACACCGCUCCAGCGAGGCAUUAUACGGCACAUGAUUCUGGUGCUCGACAUGUCAUUUGCCAUGGCGGAGAAGGAUUUACUUCCCACACGGUACCGGCUGACCAUCAGCCACGCACUGGCGUUCGUCAAGGAGUACUUUGAGCAGAACCCCAUUUCGCAGCUGGGCAUCAUUGGCAUGAGGGAUGGCGUCGCCGUCAGAAUCAGCGACUUGAGCGGGAAUCCCGCAGAGCACAUGGAGCGCCUCAAGGCCGUGGAGGGGCAAGAUCCUCAGGGCAACCCUAGUCUGCAGAAUGCGCUGGAGAUGUGUCGCGGUGCGCUCUUCCACACGCCGUCACACGGGACUCGAGAAGUCCGCAUUAUUUACGGCGCACUGCUGUCGAGCGAUCCGGGAGAUAUCCACGAGACAAUUGCCAGUCUUGUGACGGACAAGAUCCGAGUUUCCAUCGUCGGCCUCUCGGCCCAGGUGGCUAUUUGUGCGGACCUGUGCUCCAGAACAAAUGCUGGCGACGACACCCAGUACAAUGUCGCCUUGGAUGAAGUUCACUUCAGAGACCUGUUCCUCGCCGGCACCACGCCGCCCGUGACGAGGACGGCGGAACAAAACACGGCGAGCUUGCUGAUGAUGGGGUUCCCGUCGCGGACACUCGCACCGGGCGGAGCCAUCAGCUUCUGCGCCUGUCACAGCAAACCACUCAGGGAGGGAUACAACUGUACGAGAUGUUCGGCGCGUGUCUGCCGAUUGCCUGCCGAAUGCCCCGCCUGCGGGCUCACGCUGCUCCUGUCCACGCACCUGGCUCGGUCGUAUCACCAUCUCUUCCCUCUCAGAAACUGGGUUGAGGUGUCCUGGGCCGAGGCGGCAAGGUCAACGGCCUGCUUCUCGUGUCUGGGUCAUUUUCCCGACCCGCCAAAGAAGAAGGUUGAUGGGGCAGAGAAGCCCAAAGACGACACCCGCCAUUCGAAAGCCAAGGGAGUCAGUGAGAGCGGGAGGUAUGCCUGUGAAGUCUGCGGCAACCACUUUUGCAUCGACUGCGACGUCUUUGCACACGAAGUGAUUCACAACUGUCCGGGAUGCCAGAGCGUCGUCCACAAUGACGUGCCGGCGGCAGUAAACGGCAACGGUCACGGUCACGGUCACGGUCAACAGACAAACGGGGCGAUAGAGGUGGGCACGUAG